AUGCAACUUUUCGAUAUUGUCCUGAACAAUACAGGAACGUCUGGUUGGCUGACUUCAGCCGAUGAACUCCAGAUCGUCAUACAGUCUGACAAACUUAACACGGUGCAGCCUGCAAUUGUCAAGCGCCUUCGACCAGGCGACUCUGCGGUUGUGGAGGUAGGCGUUCAAAAUGCCGCUGGUGUUGAGCUGGGCGCGAUUGGACCUUCUAUAGCAGUUGCUCAAUGGAGCAAUGACCAAUCUGCCUCUCUGGAGUUCAAUGCCACCUACGGCAUUCCGUCAUACUCGGCGACCCCAGGGUCUGUCAACGUACAUGAGUCUCCCGACUGGUUUCGAGGUGCCAAGUACGGAAUUUUCAUUCACUGGGGUGUUUACUCCGUCCCUGCAUAUGGAAACACAAACAAUAAUGAGAGCUAUGCCGAGUGGUACUGGAAUCAUCAGAUGAACCCAAACGACAAAACGAUGACCUAUCAAUAUCAUUUGAACAAGUAUGGUGCCAAUUUUCUAUACGAUGACUUCAUUGCAAAUUUUACGGUGGAGAAUUGGAACCCCAAAGACUGGGUAGACCUGUUCGCUGAUGCUGGUGCUCGCUAUUUUGUGCCGACGACCAAGCAUCAUGAAGGAUUUGCUUUGUUCAACAUGCCCUCCAACGUGUCCAAUCGAAACUCGGUACAACAAGUGCCAUAUCGUGAUCUAAUAAAGGAACUUUUUGAAGCAGCCAAAACUUACCAGCCAGAACUGCGCCGGGGCACAUAUUUCAGCUUACCAGAGUGGUAUAAUCCAGCGUACUCCAACUACAGCGACGGCACAUUUGGAAUGGGGCCUCCGAGGAAUCCAUAUACAAACGAAGUGGUGCCGUACACCGGAUUCGUCGAAGUAGACGACUUCUUGACCGGAAUUCAGCUUCCCCAGAUGAGUAUACUGGCAUAUGACUAUGAAACCGACAUUAUGUGGUGUGACAUUGGCGGCCCAUCUCUAUCAGAUGAGUUCGCAGCACCUUGGCUAAACUAUGCUCUCCAGCAGAAUAGACAAGUGACCUUCAACGAUCGCUGUGGCCAGGUAAAUGGCGUGCAGAUUGUCGGAGACUACGCCACACCUGAAUAUGCAAGCACAACAAAAUUGUCUCCUAAACACUGGGAGGCAUGUAGGGGCAUGGAUCCAUUCUCAUUCGGCUAUAAUUACCAGACUCCUGAUUCAGAAUAUAUGAACGCGACGGCGAUUGUGACGACCCUCGUUGACAUUGUAUCAAAGAAUGGAAACUUCUUGCUCGAUAUUGGACCGAGAUCAGAUGGAAUCAUUGCUGAUAUCAUGCAGACAAAUCUUCGGGUCGCAGGCCAGUGGAUCAAAGCGCAUCAUGAAAGCAUCUUUGACACGAAGUACUGGCCUAAUGGACCAGGAAGCGGUAACUUCCGUUAUACUGUCACGGAUGACUCGUUCUACAUUCACUACUUGGCCAAGCCAAAUGGACUUCUUAAAGUUCCGGAUGCUGUUCCGUACCUUUCAGGUGAUAACGUCACGGUGGUUGGGGGUUUUAAAGAUGGAUCUGUUGUCGACUCGGAACUGGAUGGCGAUAAUCUGGUGCUAGAUAUUCCUGACAACAUAGCUUCGGCGGAUAACUACACUUGGACUUUCAAGAUUACGUAUUAA